AUGGCGAGACUCAGGUUGCGAUUGCCUCGGUUCGAGAGGCCUCGACUGCAUGUCGAGCAGCCCAAGUCAUCUUUUGCAGAAGGCAAUGCCAGAUGGACGAACAAGGACCUCGAUCCGGUCCCACCACACGCAAGAAAAUGGGGCGUGACCAGCUUCAUCGCGUAUUGGAUUUCAGAUGCCUUCAACGCAGCGACCUGGCAAUUCGGAGCCAGCGUCAUUGCAGUCGGGCUGACGUGGCGUGAGAGCAUCGCCGUCGUGGCCGUGAGCUUCUUCAUCAUUUCCAUUGUUAUCGCGUUCAACGGAGCGACGGGCGUAAUCCACCACACCCCAUUUCCCGUCAUUGCUCGCGCAGCAUGGGGUUUCUGGGGAUCGUACGUCGCCAUCAUCUCACGAGCCAUCUUGGCCACCUUCUGGUUUGCGAUUCAGACCAUGAACGGCGCGUACACUGUCCGGACCAUGAUCGGUGCGAUAUGGCCCUCGUUCCUCGCACUCCCAUCAAACAUUCCACCAUGGCAAGGGAUUGACGAUGCCACACUGGGUUGCUUUGUGAUUUUCUGGUUUGCCCAGAUCCCCUUCCUGCUCAUGCACCCAAACCAGCUCCGGUGGCUCUUCAUGGCCAAGUCGAUCAUCGUGCCGAUAGCCUGGAUUGCAAUUCUCAUUUGGGCCCUUGCUAGCACCCGCGGGUCCGACAUCUUUGACCAGAAGGCGACGGUGUCUGGGUCAAGCUACAGCUGGGCCUUCCUGGCGUCGAUGAACUCGGUCAUCGGAAACUACGCGACACUGUCGGUCAAUCAGGCCGAUUUUUCGAGGUACAGCCGGGUCUCCGUCAAAUAUCAGUGCAUGUAUGUGCCUCUGUUGCCCGCCUUCUUCACGUUCAUCGCCUUCAUCGGAAUUGCCUCCGCUUCAGCCGGUGGUGUGCACUACGGCGUGAUAGAAUGGGACCCCAUGGCGCUCAUCUCCCACUGGUCCAACAGACCCGCCCGUUUCUUCGCUGCGGCCUCGUUCUCCCUCGCGGCGCUCGGCGUCAAUAUCUCCGCCAAUUCUCUCUCCGCCGCGAAUGACUUCAUGGCUCUGUUCCCGCGCUAUGUGAACCUGCGUCGCGGACAACUUCUCUGCGCUCUUUUAUGCUGGGCUCUGGUGCCGUGGAAGAUCCUCGCGUCAGCGGGCUCAUUUCUCAACUUUAUGUCUGCCUACGCCAUCUUCCUCGGCCCAAUCGCAGCGAUCAUGCUGUUUGAUUUCUGGGUCGUGCACAAGCGGAAAUACGACACACUGGCACUAUACGACCCGCACAGCAUAUACAGAUACAGCGGCGGGGUGAACUGGAGAGCCAUGGUCGCGUUCCUCGUCGGUGUCGCGCCGAGCUUGCCUGGAUUUAUCAACGGCAUCAACCCCAAUAUCGACGUCGGUGUGGGCGUACAUCCUUAUCAAAUUGGUUGGAUGAUUGGAUUCUUUGGGACUGCUGUAGUCUACACCAGCCUGUCAUUGCUACUGCCGGCUCGUGAGACCUUCAUAGACAGGGCUGUGAGGCCAGAUGAGAUCUACGCGACGCACGCAGAGUACAUCAACGCGCAAGGUUCCAACAAUGGAGAUGGGAGUGGAAGCGGGGAACUGGAGGCUGGUGUCCCGGAAAAGGCUGGCAUACGCAGUAGACUGGAAAAACUUCUGUAG